AGUAUGUAUACCAAAGAACACCGAACAUCUUGCUGGACAAGUCACGGGCCACGGCAAGUGGCAGAAAAGCCAAUUAAUUUACCGGCCUGACUAGCUCAUUUUCACGAGCUUGUUGCAAAUAGCAACACCGGCCUCCGCUCAUUAUUAUUUAAAAGAACAGCACCAUGUCAUGAGGAUGAUUUAUUCAGAGUGUUUCAAAAACAACCCAUAAUGACUCUGUCCAGGACGUUCGUUGCCGCUGUGGUCGGUAUACUGUCUGCAGCUACUUCUGCUAAUGCUAUCACGAACGGAGUUGGUAAACUGCCUGCUUGGAACGCCUUUGCGUGCGACGUCAAUGAGACUCUCAUCAUCCAGACUGCGAAUUACAUGAAGGAGUAUGGCCUCCUGGAUGUUGGCUAUAAUCACGUUAAUCUUGAUGAUUGUUGGGCUAUGAAGGACCGUAGCUCUACUGGCGAGGUCAUGUCGGAUAAUAUCAGAUUCCCAAGCAUGAACACGCUCACAGAUCAGCUUCAUGCUCUUGGUUUGUACUAUUCUGACUCUGGCUGGUUUACCUGCGCUGGGUUUCCUGGCUCCUUUAUGCAUGAGGAACAGGACGCGACGACCUUUCAAUCCUGGGGUUUCGAUUUCCUCAAAUAUGAUAACUGCGCCAUUCCAUUUGAUGAUAUCAUCCAGGAGGGCAUGAUCGGAAGUGGCGCAUGGCAGAUGCUCUCGCUGCGGUGGCAGAAAAAAACUGGCACUACCCUCAUAUUUAGUCUGUGUGAGUGGGGCUGGAUUGAUGGUGAUAUUGGGCCCCAAUGGAACUUGAUUUCUAGUAUCAUCAACUCCGUAUCGUUCAUUACUCAAGCUACUAACUACUAUGGACGCAAUGAUCUCGACAUGCUCGAAAUAGGGAAUGGAGAUCUCACGUACGACGAAGCAAAAACUCACUUUACUGCAUGGGCUCUUGUCAAGGCCCCCCUGCUCAUUGGCACCAAUCUCGCUACCAUAAGUCAGGAAAUGCUCAGUAUCCUGAAGAAUCAAGAGAUCAUCGCAGUUAACCAGGACCCCAUCUAUGGCACUAGCAUCUCGCCCUUCCGCUGGGGCAUCAAUUCUGACUGGACCUACAAUGCAAUGUACCCUGCUCAAUACUGGAGCGGUCCCAGUGAGAACGGAACGGUUUUCAUGCUUAUCAACACUGAGAGCGAACCGGCUAACAUGUUUUUCAACCUCACCGAAUCUCCUUGGAUUCGCGCUGGUAUCCAGUAUUCCGUCCGGGAUUUGUGGACGCACACGGACAACGGCACUGCUGUACGUAGCUUCACGGCAAUGAACGUCCCCGCGCAUGGUGUAGUGGCGCUGUUGCUCAAGGAAGAUGGGAAUGAACCCACUGGGUUGAUGCCACCCUGUGCUGGCGAGGCUUUUUAUGAGUGCACCGCUGAGAAUGGGACGAGUUAUUCAUGAGCCACGUCUAGUCUUACCCCUCUGGCACUCGCUGUGUACACUCAUGUUUCUC